UGUCAUUCAUACUCUUAUUUUUAACCGAAUAUCUUUGCAAAAGUGUUCAUUGUGUCAAUUCAGAGCUCGGAAAUAUUGGAAUAAUGUGCUUAAGGGGACUGACACUCAAGGCACACAACAGGACAACACAAGAACCACAUUUUCAAUUGACAAUCAUUGCUUUAAAUGGAUGUGGUCGAUUGUUUAUAUAUGCCUAUACAAAUCUAUGUAUUUAACUUGUAAAGCAAGGUUGGAUUAGUAGGUCUAAGCAACAUGCACCUGGAUAAUCGCGUCAUGAAUCGGGACAGGCUCCUAUGUCCCUACAUUAUGACAUAAUAAAGACAUAGAAGCAUACCCAUUUAUACAGGUUCUACACAUUCCAUUUCUCCAUGGCAAUAGAAUGUAAACAUUCUAUUUUGCGCCAAACAUCACCUACAACUCCAUUCUAAGUGCAGCAUAUUGGACGACUCCACAGUCAUUGAUCAUUCGCGACUUUAAGUCAUUCCUGUUAUCUCUAGAGCAUCCCGUAAAUCUAUAGCGCUGCAUUUCUUCCCCAUCUUACCAUGGAUAGGGUUUGGUGCAUUCCAGAGUUCACUUAUGGUCCCACAAAGGUAAUCUUAGGAGAAAUUCAUUUUAGCAUACUGUAAAUGCCUGUGCAUAAUCUGCAUAACAAAGCGUCAUUAUUUUCAAUAUCUUCAAAGGAAUUCUGCAGAAGCAGCCUUUAUUUUCAGACUCUGCAGGCCUGCUGGGAGGAAACAUAUUACAAUAAACAGAAGAAGCUCAUGGUCCACUAUCUGCUGCUCCAGAGUCAAGGCCAGGUCCCGCCCCAUGUCACCACGGAGCACAUGAGCAACUGGCUGGUGUCUCAGGGCAAAAAAUCCCUUAGGGAGAGGGUGUGGAAGGAAACCCUGGAGGAGGGAAACGACCUCGCUCGGCUGGCCUGGGAAGUAAACACUUGCCUAAAAAUGAUGGACAUAGAGCACGAGGCUUUCUGCAAGCUCCGCCGCUCCAUGCACUCCACCUCGGCAGCUGACAUCGAUCCUAAAGUACACAUCAUCGUGGAGAGAGCUGUGAGGAGCAUUCUGGACGAGCAGUCCAAUGAGCCCCGUAGCAACCUGCUCAGCCCAUCUCAGGUGGUGGUGGAGGUGGUGCCCAGGCUCCUCCUGGCCCUGUGGCUUCAGCCAGAGGAAGGCCAUUCAGAGCACCCAAUCCUAAUAAGCGGGAUGGCCGUGGGCAUGGUGGCGGCCGUAGUGGAGAAGCUCUCCUGUUUGUUAAAGGACCCUUCCCCUCACAUCCAUUUCUCCCGGGCUGCUGCUUUUGACUCUGUGCGGUCGAUCCUCGGGAGAAUCAGUCAGUCCUUCUCCACGGAUGACCUCCAGAGCCCUUUUUAUAUGAACUCUGUCUGUGCCUUUGUGGUGGACGAGGUGCAGAGCUGCUUCCAGCCCCCUGCAGCCACCCUACCAGUCCCCCCUGUCCUCGCGGUGGCCGUUUCCACCACACUACCAGCUGACAUCCAAGCAGACCAGGCUUCUUCCCACCUGGAGGUUGUGAACAUCACCCCAAACACAGAGGCAGACCCGGGUUCUUUCCACCUGAAUGUGGUGGACAUCACCCCUAAUACAGAGGCAGAUCCGGCUUCUUUCCACCUGAAUGUGGUGGACAUCACCACUAACAAAGAGGCAGAUCCGGCUUCUUCCCACCUGAAUGUGGUGGACAUCACCACUAACAAAGAGGCAGACCCAGCUUCUUCCCACCUGAAUGUGGUGGACAUCACCACUAACAAAGAGACAGAUCCGGCUUCUUCCCACCUGAAUGUGGUGGACAUCACCACUAACAAAGAGGCAGACCCAGCUUCUUCCCACCUGAAUGUGGUGGACAUCACCACUAACAAAGAGGCAGACCCAGCUUCUUCCCACCUGAAUGUGGUGGACAUCACCCCUAAUACAGAGGCAGAGCCCAUCUCUUCCCACUUGGAGGUUGUGGACGUCACACCUGAAGAAAGGAAUCUCACGAUGGCCGUCUUCGCCACUCUGCCAGCUGACAUCCAAGCAGAGGAUGUUGCUGUGGUCAUCCCGGAUGUCACCCCACAUGUCACCAAGGACGUGACACUGGAUGUUCCAUGCAGAGCUAGGAAAGGGGCAGUCCGGCGAUUAUUUUGCAGGCUUUGGCGGGCAGUGUGCUGCUGCGCCUGCCACAAGGACGAGGAGGAACAAUAUUAAUUAUUCAUCAGACCUUCAGAAAUGGGAUUGAACCAUAGACCAUUAAAUUAUUCGCAUUAUAAUUGGAUUCAAUUCUGCUUUUCUUCUGUUUACUACUUAAUUUCAGAACUUUUCUAUAAACCUUCACUUUGCAAGUGUGGAGUACGUUGUGUAAAUAAGUGGGAAACAUCCCAAUUUUAAUACUUUGUACAUUUAAAAAAAUAUAUAUAUAUAUUUGACAACAAAAAAAUCGGAGGGCGCUCAACCAACGUUGAGUUGAGGUGCAAACAAAAAUUUGAAUCAUCAUAGAAAAGGAAAAAGCGCAACUCUUGCUCACUAUAAAAAAAAAAGCAUUGUUUUAUUAAGGCAAGGUUAAAAGAUGAACGUUUCGGCCUAGUCUAUGACGAUAUGCAAGUUGUGUUUGCCCAGUAAAAGGGUGACCCAGACUCACCCUGGUUCUUGAGGGUUGAAGACAGCGAAAAAUUAUCAUUAAGUAAAUGGGACUUUUCAAUUCUUAAAUAAAAAUCUUUAAUGAACAUGAAUUUAAAUACAGUUGACUUGAGGAUCAGAGCAGGCAGGCUGACUGGCUAGCCCUGAAGGCCCUCUGCCUCUACCUCUGUGUGGUUCAUCUCAACCAAGAGGUUGUGUGGGUUGUCUUUCUCUCUGUGGGUGUGAAUCACUAUGACCUCUCCCUCUGCCUGCCAUUUGGCUGAUCAGAAGCCUUCUGCUCUUUCUUGCUCACAUGAACCGGAGGAAUUGCCUCUGGGGUAAUCUCCUCCUCUAUAUAACGCCUCUUCCACCUCCUCUUUCUGACUGUGUUUGACUGAGGUCACUCGUUCUCUCUCCCUGGGUGUUGGAUAGUUCCUCCUCCUCUGUGUCUUUGUGAGUUUGGAGGGAGUUAUCCUGUUCCGGCUCCCUCUAAGGGUGUGCACCGUAAUCUCUUUCGGUGUGUUGAGGGGUUCAGUGGUUUUGGAGGGAGUAUGAAGUUCGAUCUCUAGCGAUGAGUGUGGGGUCUGUCCCGUGGUGGUGUCCCCCUCCCUCCUAAGGAGGAGCCUGUCACAAAUCCCGUUUCCUGAGUCUGUUUUUUGCCUGUGUUCUGUUCUGGAGUGUUUUUUCCGGUGUCCUGGAACGCACCCUGUCUGGUUGCCGGACGAUUUAGCUAGUUGGGAGAUCUCAGAUUACCCGCACCUGUAUCCCAUCAGCUAUCUGCACACCUGGUCCUGAUCAUCAUCUCUCCUCUUUAUAAUCCCGGACCUGACAUCCAUUCCCUGCCGGAUCGUUAGCCAGUAACAGUAUGUUGUGCCAGCGUAUCAGCCUCCAGCUUGAUAGAAUUUGUUUAGUUGUUUUGUAUGUCUUAAACUUACCUCCGUUUGUUCUGUCUUCAGUUAUUCACCCGGAUCAUUUACCCCAUUCCUGCCUGGUCGUCGGAGGUUUCCGCUACUCCCUUGGACCCACCUAUUCACUCCCAUCAACUCACCACCGCUGCCCGCUACUCCACCUGGAUAUUUCUACCCCUUCAUAUUCACUUGUAAAUAAAUACUCACCUUCUUCCUA